AUGUUUAAUAAUCUUAUUAAUUAUUGUUUUCCAUCAACAGAUAUUCUUAAUGAUGAUGAACAAUCAACAACAACCACUAAUCCCAUUAUAUCAUCUGACACACGUAUUGAAAUGGAAUGUAAAGAAUUUCUACCUGAAGUAUAUGAUACAUGGUCAUUGAUAGAUAAAUUAUCAACAAAUACAAUAAAUUUUCGUGAAAUAUAUGAUCUAUAUAAAUAUGAACGUUCUGAAAAUAAACAACGACAUUAUUUUGAUCAAUUAAAAAAUCUUGAUGAUACAAUAUAUAAAUUAUCAUAUACAAUUCAUCAACGUAUUCAAUCACUUGAAAAUUUUGUUCAACCAAUGUUAAAUGAAUAUCAACGAAAUAGAUCUCGAGAACAAGAAUCAAAUAAUUAUGUACCUGCUUAUAUACGUAUAGCAGAAAAUCAAUUAAAUAGUUUAAAAUCAUCUUUUAAACGUAUUAUAAUAAAACAUAAUUUAAAUUCAAUUGAUUAUCAAAAUGAUCUUAAACAAUCCAUAGAAAAUUCAAAAACAAAUAAACAAUCAUAUGAACAAAUAUCACGAACAAAAAUUGAUAAAAUGAAAAAUUUCUUUAAUAAAGAUGAAGAAAAUUUAAAUAUAACACCAAUUGUAUCACAAGAACAAAUACAAUUACAAAUUUUAGAAGACAAACAACAACAACAAGAUUUAACUAAACAAGAAAUACAAAUAGCUGAUCUUGAAGCACGUUUAGAAAGUAUAAGAAUAUUGAAAGAACGUGUUCGACAAAUGAAGUAA